ACAGCGGUCUCUUGAGCAGCGGCGCUGCCCAUUUGCCACCACUUGCGGGAGUUCUGUCACCCAGAGACGACUGGAGGGAACAAAUGUUUGGUGUGCUUGGUUGAGACUGCAUGUUGCCGGUUCUGGUCCAAAGAUACUUCUCAAAAUUUGGAGGCUCCAAAACUUCUUGGCAAAAGGUUUUAUUUCCGCGGUCUGAGCAGUUGUCCAAAAAGUGCGUUUUUUGCAGUAACCAUCUUCUCGUUAGUUUCCCUUGAAUUGCGCCAGCAACUCAGCGGUGUCUGCCUCAAAGAUUGUCCACUGGCGCUCGUCUGCGUCGUGUGGAUCUCUUCAGCAUCCGUCCGUGUUUCUCUUCUGCCGUGGAGACCAAAUAGUGGAUUCUAAGGUUCGGAUAAUAAAAGGCCAUGGACGACGAACUUUCUAUCGGCAUCUCAGCCGCAUCCGCAAGGAGCAGCGGUGCCACCUGCCAAGUGUGCCACCGAGCCGCCUCCAAGUACACAUGCCCGAAGUGCCACACGCUUUACUGCUCCUCCGACUGUUACAGUAGCCACAACGGCGGUCGCUGUGUGAGGCAGUUUCAAGAGGAGCAAGUUGUGGCGGCUGUCCGAGCAGCGCGAGUAACAGCUCUCGACAAACGUCGGUUUGAGCACAAGCUCUCCCGCAUUCGCAGACAGGAACUCGAGGAAGAGGAAGAAAGCGAAGAAGAGGAGGAAGAGGACCGGAGCGCAGAGCGGAGCGGCCGUGGUGCAAGGGGUCAAGCAGGGAGAGAAGAAGCACAAGAGGGAGAUGAAGGACAGGUACCUCCGGAUGAAGCUGCUCUGCUUGAGGGCAUGGAUGAUGAGAGACAUGCCCAGUUGAUCGACCUGGCACAAAGGGGGAUCCUCGACGAGGACGCCUUGACCGCGGAAGAACGAAGGGCGUUCCACAACGCCUUGGGCACAGGAGCUCUCGCCCAGUACCUCGAGCCGUGGGAGCCGUGGUGGCAGAAGGUGGAGACUCGGCAACCAGUCGCUCCCCCGCCACAUUGCUGCUGCAGCUCCGAGACCAAAGUUCACUUUACCGUUUUCAACUCUCUCCUACAGCUCUUGUAUGCAUAUGCACACUGCAUGCGGAGUUACAACGGCGAGGUCGAGGAGGUGGAGCUUCAAGAGGCUUGUCAGCACAUCCUGGCUAUAGCUCAGGCUCUGGGCUCCCCACAGCCCCCGCGCACCCCCAUGGAGGCUCUCGACGUUGCCAUUGGCGCCACAUCGUCGGAGACCGUGCAGUGCAAGGACCCUGCAUUUAACGCCCUCUGUCUCCAAGACUUUCAAGGUCUUUUCACCUGCAGGGAGCAUGCAUUUCGAGCGAUCGAGGAGAUCAUGGAGAUGCUGCAUGGUCUUCUUCAGAUGGUCGCAGAAGUCCAGGAGGAAGAGAAAGCCGAGGAGCAGCGGCGAUCCGCAGGGCAGAUGCGCGACAAAGGCAAGGGAUCAAGCAAACAAGACGACGCCUUGAACAAAGCGUUGAAAGAAAGGCGACACUAUCUGAAAUCCCUCGGUCGUAAAUUGCAAUCAAGUGAAAGGAAAGUUCUGUUUCUUGGAUCCUUCGUGUGGCACCACUGGGGCGAGGUAGCAGCGUUGAUGCCCGCUGCUCUGGUCCAGGUCAAAGCAAAGGAGGAACAACUUCAAGGUCUCCUCAAGGAGAUCCAAGCUAUGAACACUAGCAGAGCCGCUGCAGCACGAGCGUCUGCGAUGGCGCGCCGCUGCGAUGCCAUUGGGGCAGUUUCGCUUGCUUCGCUUUCUCCACAAACUGGAAAGACUUCUGACACAGCACGUGCCUCCCGCGAGGCAUCGAGGUUUCUUGAGGAAAAAACUGUCCGGACUUUUGCGAGCACGCCGAACGGCACAGAGAAUGGGAAGGCCGCGGGUCGGGAUCUCAGCUCAAGGCAAAACACAGUGGAAAUCUCGAAUGCAGUAAUGGCUACUUCUGCUCCCACCCUGACCGGAAAGCCGACGGCUGUUGCCGUCGUGACAAUGACAGCGAACGGGGGAAACGCGGUGCUUCCUGGAACACUCGAAGUGCCUCUCGAUGUGGACGGGACAGACGUGAAGAAUGCCACAGGAGGAAAGGAAGACUCGGAAAAAAGAGAGGUGGAGGACACAAACAGGCACAUACCCCUCAUAGAAGAGUGUUAGGUCGAAGCUUGCCAGGGGGAGUUCCAAAAGGUUUUUGUGUGAAUGAAUCACGCGGACACUUUGGUGACUUCGCCUGAUAAGCGAAAUCUUUUCGUGAGUUCCACCGAGUAGAUGGAUUUGGUUCGCGUUGCGGGAGGCAGAAUCCGCCAUCUUGCACGCCCGCGGCGGAUCGUGGCAGGUAGCAGAGCUACCGCGUGUAAUUGGUCCCCAUAAAAAGCCAGGGGAUUUUUGCCCUUUCGACUGAAACUCGUGAAGCGCUUCGCGCAGCUCGCGCAAGCCAGCUGCAUGCAGCGUUUCGGAAUCAUGGAGAUGGCGCCUCGCCGUGGAAGUCUGUCAGCGGCUGUCGCUCUCUGAAUGGAUACCAUGGUAAUCAUCACGAGCCGUACUGCUGCUGUCACAGGACGCAAUCUAGAACGUGGUUCGUUCCUCGUUUUUUUCAAACAAGCAUUUGUAAACGUUUUAUCUAUACAAAACGCCAUCGCCUGCGCAAGCCACUUCGAACUCUUGAAACAGCCGUCAGGCAAACACAUACG